AUGGUGGCCAAAAUUGCUUCAGUCAUUACCCUCCUCGCCGUGGCGAGCGCGCGGCCGCAGCGCCACCACGGUCAUGGUCAUGAGCACCACAGUCACGGACACGCAGUCUCCUCACAGAGCGUCGUGCUGCACCAGACGCAACACCACCCCGAACACCACGCCCACCACGAGGAACUCAGUGAACAUCACAACGAAGGACAUCACCAUGAGGAACAACACCACAAUGAUCACCAUGAACACCACCACGGUCACGCCUCCUCAUCACAGAGCCUGCACCAGCACCACUCACAUGGCACCGAGAAACACGUCGAAUACUAUGUAAGUCAAUUACCUAUAUUAUAA